AUUUUGAUUCAAAUCAUUGAUGGAAUUAGCAUCCUUUAAUCAUCAUUAGUUGUUAAUUAUCAAUUUAUCAACAACAACAACCUUAAAAUCAAUCGUAAGCAUUACUUUUUGUGAGCACAGAAACCAAGGAAAAGAAGAGUAGAAAAAGUGUGAAACAAAACAUGUUAAAUAGAAUGGAAGACAAAUACCAAAGAACAGAACCAAACAGUGUAAGACAUUAAAAAACUUGUUGGUUUUUUAUGAUCAAAAUUCAAAGCUUCUUUCAAAAGUUUUCAUUUUGGGUUAUAUGUUCAUCAACAUCUCCUCAUUCUUGUUUGAAAAAUUGAAACUUUUCACACUUUCUCCAUAAUGGGAGACAAAGAGGUAAAAGAAGAACUCAAACCUAUCAUUCAAUGGAAGAAACAGAAAGGUGGAUUCAGAGCUUCCAUGUUCAUCUUCGUUUUGUCAGCAUUGGACAACAUGGGUUUUGUUGCAAACAUGGUGAGCUUAGUUCUGUACUUUUAUGGAGUGAUGCAUUUUGAUCUUUCAAGCUCUGCAAACACUCUCACAAAUUUCAUGGGCUCAACUUUCUUGCUAUCUCUUGUGGGUGGUUUCAUCUCAGAUACUUACUUCAACAGAUUAACCACAUGUUUGCUUUUUGGAUCACUCGAAGUUAUUGCUUUGGUGAUGAUAACAGUUCAAGCUGCAUUGAAGAAUUUACACCCAGAAGCAUGUGGUGAAUCAAGCUGCGUGAAAGGAGGUGUGGCUGUGAUGUUUUACACAUCAUUGUGUUUAUAUGCUUUGGGUAUGGGUGGAGUAAGAGGCUCCAUGACUGCAUUUGGUGCUGAUCAAUUUGAUGAAAAGGAACCUAAUGAAGCAAAAUCACUUGCAACUUUUUUCAAUUGGCUUUUACUUAGUUCAACUUUAGGUUCAGUUGUUGGUGUUACUGGUGUUGUUUGGGUUAGCACACAAAAAGCUUGGCAUUGGGGAUUCUUCAUCAUAACACUUUCUUCUUCCAUUGGUUUUGUUACACUUGCUCUUGGUAAACCGUUUUACCGUAUCAAAGUUCCCGGCGAAAGUCCAAUUUUGAGGAUUAUUCAGGUUAUUGUUGUGGCUUUUAAGAACAGAAAGCUACCCCUGCCAGAGACUAAUGAACAACUUUAUGAAGUGUAUAAAGAUGUUACUUUAGAGAAGAUUUCACACACAAAUCAAAUCAGGUUUCUAGAUAAAGCAGCAAUUCUUCAAGAAAACUCUGAACCUCAACAACCAUGGAACGUUUGCACAGUGACACAAGUUGAAGAAGUAAAAAUCCUAACAAGAAUGUUACCUAUAUUAGCCAGUACAAUUGUAAUGAACACAUGUUUAGCACAGCUUCAAACAUUCUCAGUCCAACAAGGGAACAUAAUGAACCUUAAACUUGGUUCCUUCACAGUACCUGCUUCAUCCAUUCCUGUCAUCCCGCUUAUUUUCCUAUGCACAUUGAUUCCAAUUUACGAACUUUUCUUCGUACCAUUUGCAAGAAAAAUCACAAACCACCCUUCAGGUAUUACACAGCUUCAGAGAGUUGGUGUUGGACUAGUUCUCUCUGCAAUCUCAAUGACAAUAGCCGGAAUCAUAGAAGUUAAAAGAAGAGACCAAGGAAGAAAAGACCCUUCAAAACCAAUAAGCUUAUUUUGGUUAUCUUUUCAGUAUGCUAUAUUCGGUAUCGCAGACAUGUUCACACUCGUAGGACUAUUGGAAUUCUUCUACAGAGAAGCACCUUCAACCAUGAAAUCACUUUCAACUUCAUUCACAUUUUUGUCCAUGUCGCUCGGUUACUUCCUGAGUACUAUUUUCGUUAACAUUAUUAAUUCCGUUACGAAAAGAAUCACGCCGAGUAAACAAGGUUGGUUACAUGGUUUUGAUUUCAAUCAAAACAAUCUUAACCUGUUCUAUUGGUUCUUAGCAAUAUUGAGCUGUCUUAAUUUCUUUAACUUCCUAUAUUGGGCCUCUUGGUACAAGUACAAAACUGAAGAUAGUAACAAUUCAGAGAUGAACUCAAAGGAAUUAGGUGAAACGCCUCUGUUAAUGGUUGGUGGUGGAAGAAAACAUGAUGGUAAGGCCAAAGAAAGUAGCCAAACGAGUGAAGCCAAUACUGAGGGACCCUCUUCUUCUGAUGAAACAGAUGAUGGAAAAGAGAAAGAAUGGAAGCAUAGAUAAAAUUGUUGAAGAUAUGAUUUGAUGUUAAGGAAAUAGUAGUAGUAGGCUGUGUAUGGUAAAGAUUGAAUGUGAAAAUAGAAAGUGGUUGAAAUUUCUAUUAUCUUAUAUGUGUGAUUGUAUAAUUGAUUUGUACUAUUGUUGGUUCUGGCACCAUCUCUGUGUCUGUUCAGAGUCAAAGGUUUUCUCUUCUUUCA